GUUUAUAAUUUAUUAAAACGUGGAUAUUCUACAAUUACAUGUGAAGUGUAAAAUAAUGAUUUUUUGUUUGUAUAGAUAUCUCACAGGGUGUUAAUUCAAUUAUUCAAUUCGGACAGUGUUAAAAAAGGUUUUAUCGAUUAAGCUUUGUUUUGAUCUGAGAAGACGCGCAUUUUUUUUAAAACUGGGAACAUCCUAUAAGUCGAUAAAGUAUUACAACAAAUAAAGUUACACAUUGGCGAACGUUGGCAGUCAGCAGCAGGUCGCGUUCCUGCCGUAACGCGAAGGCGGCUCUUGAUUGGUUGAGAUUGGUGAAUGAAACCUAGGUGCGAUAGCCACAUUUACUGAAAAGCAGGAAAGGUAUAGAAUAGAAUAAAGUAAGUCAAGAUGGACAUGAAGCCGAUCAAAGAAAGACCGAAAGUAUUUAUAGAACAGCAGAAACCAAAAAGACGAAGAAUGCGAGUGGGGGAUCCCGAUUUUGUCCCUCCAGAUGGGGGAUGGGGUUGGCUAAUAGUGUUAGCGUGUGGAUUUAGUAACUUGAGCACAUUUCCAAUGUUCCAACAGUUCGGAUUAGUUUUUAGGUCGAAAUUCGAAGAGUUACACAUUAGCUCAGCUCAGACGACUAGCAUAAUUAAUAUGAAUUCAGCAUUUAACGCUUCCAUGGGGCUUUUAAAUGGACCUCUAUUUAGGAAAUUUACUUACAGACAAGUGGCGAUGUUUGGGUCGCUUCUGGUGGCCUUUUCGCUAUUUUUCUGUCAAUUCUGUGAUAGUUUUUGGGGAUAUAUGAUUUUAUAUUCCGCAUUUUAUGGAUCUGGUAUUGGUAUCACGCAAUCUUCUAACGCCUUGGCUUUGAACACUUACUUCAAAGUAAAAAGAAGGAUUGCCACUGGAUUUUCUUGGUCCACUACUGCCUUGGGACCUAUCGUUUGGCCCUACAUUAUCGUUUUCUUCAACAGUGUCUAUGGAAUGAAGGGAACAUUACUGUUAUUUUCGGCUUUUGCCCUACACGCAUUUGUUUGCUCAUUGUUGUUACAACCAGUCGAGUGGCAUACCAAAUUUAGGGACAUGAGCCCAGAAUCGGCAGCUUUACUUGAAAAUGGAACAGCCGAAGUGCGCAGAAACUCAUGGGGAAAGAUCCGUAAAAAUCGCAGCUGGUUGUCUAGCCAAUACCUACACAACGAAGACGAUCCCGUUCAUACAGGCUAUGAAAUAACCGAUCCUGGCACUCCCAUGAUGGUUAAAUAUAACGACGGAUGGUACUCAAGGUCUCAGUUGGGCUCUAGAUUGUCUCUAGAGUCAAAUAAGAGUAAAAAAGGGGAAGGUUCGAAACCAAUGUCUACGAGGCCAUCUUUUAGUAAUUUAUCGGAUAGUGGCAAGGAGAAAUCUGGAUCACAGUCUAAAAGAAAAUUAUCUCAAAUCAACAAGCCGACAAUUGCCGAAGAAGCAGAAAUAGACGUAAAAAAUGACGAAGAUCCCCAACUACCUCCUCACGAAAAAGAAGUCUUGAAGGAGGCAGUAAAAAUCCUAUCAGAGUACAAAGAACACAGAAAUUCAGACCAGAAGGACCACAAAGACUUGGAACACAAAGAACCGUCAUCUCCCGUUCCGCAAGCAAAACUGAGCAUUUGGAAGAAAAUUAGCAUUUUCUUCGAUUUUGAACUGUUCAAAGAUCCGAUUUACGUGAAUCUAAUGUUGGGCAUCACCGUGGCUAACUUUGCCGAAUUGAAUUUUUCGAUUCUGACACCGAUGGUGUUGAAGGAGUUUUAUUUCACUGAAUAUGAAACUGCAACGUUUAUGUCAUUGCUGGGAGUUACGGACAUCGUGGUGCGAUUUUUUGUGCCAUUUGUUGCUGAUAAAAUUGGCUGGGACAACAAGACUUUCUUCUUGCUCGGUGUGAUGGCCAUGGCAAUGGGAAGAAUAAUCUUAGUUCAUACACAAACUUACCCAUGGGGCCUCUUUGUUGCCGUAAUCAUAGGCGCAGGGAAAGGGCUACGUACCAUCUUCAUAGCCCUUGUCAUUCCCUCCUAUGUCCCUCUGGAAAGGCUGCCAGCGGCGUCCGGUUUACAACUAGCCACCAGCGGUUUGCUCUUCAUUGUUAUGGGCCCUGUAGUAGGCUGGAUCCGUGACGCAGUCAACAACUACGUCAUUACAUUGCAUUUGCUGAACAUAUGCACGUAUCUCACUGCAGUGGCGUGGAUCACUGAAGAUAUUAUCUCAAGGAGGAAAAGAAGGAAACGGUUGGUCAGUAAUGAGAAAGACGAGAGGAAGCCUACGAAAUCGUUUAAAACGUGACAAGAUUUGUGGCUAGUUAGAGUUGUUGUGAUUCAUAGUGAAUUAUACAUUUAUAUUUUUUGUUACA